AUGUCUUCUUCCUCCAACUUCUACCUAAUCGUCAUCCAGGCCAUCACUGCCACCGCCAUCGCUAGCUCUCUGCUCUACGCCGGUCAGCUCUACUCGGAAAUCACCGACUUGCAAACCGACAUCAUGUCCGAUAUGCAUGCCUUCCGUGGUAUCGCAAAUGACGCCUGGAACUCAAUGAUCGCGGUGAACGCUCCACAGAAUCGUGGUGCCUAUCCAGAUUUCGGAUCCCUCUUCGUUCGUGGAAAGCGUGCCGCCGGUGGAUCUUGCAACUGUGGAACUCAGCCAUCCAACUGCCCAGCGGGGCCACCAGGACCACCAGGAGUGCCAGGAGAUAACGGAGAUGAUGGAGCACCAGGACAAGCUGGACCAAACGGAGAGGAUGGAGCUGGCCAAGGAAAGUCCGCUCAACCAACCGAAUGUAUCACCUGCCCAGCGGGUGCACCAGGACCACAAGGACCAGACGGGCCAGCAGGAGCUCCUGGAGCUGACGGGCAACCCGGCUCCCCAGGAAACCCAGGACAAAACGGACAACCAGGUGCACCAGGAGCUCAAGGAGACUCCGGAGCCCCAGGAGCCGAUGGAAACGACGGAGCACCAGGACAACCAGGACAGAACGGACAACGUGGAAACGGAGCCGCCGGAGCGCCAGGACCACAAGGACCAGCCGGAGCGCCAGGAAACGCCGGACAGCCAGGACAAGACGGAGCGCCAGGAGCCGCUGGGUCGCCAGGAGUCGCCGGAGCACCAGGACAGCCAGGAGCCGCCGGAGAGGACGGAGCACCAGGAGACGAUGGAGCCAAUGGAGAGCCAGGAACCGACGCCGAGUACUGUCAGUGCCCACCAAGAACUGGAGCCAUCGAGGUGGAGCCAGCGGUGGAGAGCGAGUACAAGAGAAGAAAGUAUAGAUUCUCUAACUAG